GUCGGCGUAUAAUACGUCCAUGUUUCUCUUCAUGAGUCGUAAGGAGUAUACAUGUAUAGACUUAUAUUAGGGGGCAUGAAACCGCCCGUCAGGCCGAAGAGGCGGGUCGAGUCUUGUCAGCCAGCUCACAGAACCAGGCUCAGCAACAAUUGCACAACCUCCAAAAAGCAACUAGCAGUUUAGAACGAUAUCACCCCUCUUCGUUCCUCUGUACUCGGCUUCAGCAAUGCCAUCGGAGACUACAAGGGCAGCCGGCAUGUCCGCAGCGGAGGAUCGCGGGACGACACGUCGUGAUCGCUACUACACUACUCGCGAACGGAAUGAGCAGGCACGCAAGCUAAAUCUGCAGUCAUCUGUUCAGGAGUGGGAAGGACACACGAGGACGGAACGGGGAGAAGACAGUGGGUGGGAGGGGAGUGAGGUAAACAGUGAAGAAGGAUGGGAGGGAGAGGAAUCCGGAAACCAGGACAAAGUGGGACGCGAGGAAUUGCUCCAGAAGCUGGGCGAAAUAGAGUUUUGCCUGGCCAAUGCCAAUUUCGUGAGGGAACUCGACACCUGCCGAGAGACGCAGUCCCGGUUUCUGCAAAACUACGGACGCUACAUUGGCGAGCAGCCGCCGCCAAAGACGGACAAUGUCCUGCACUUUAUGGCUGGGAAGCGAUUCGUUAGCGUCUGGCUGUUAAGGCACAUGCUCGAUCAUCACAAGGCGAGGAUGGACGGCAUAGACAACGCGGGACGACGGCCUCUCACCCUGGCCAUCGAAGAGAGGAAGGAGUUGUUCAUCGAGACCGUCCUGGAGAGCAGCUACGACGGCAAGGACCUCCAACGGAACCUGCGCAUGAGUGCGUCCUCCACGGGGAACGGCAUCCAUGUGGCAAUCAAUGCGGGCCUCAGCCCUAGGCUUACCGUUGCCCUCAUCAACCAACUGUCAGACGAUGUCUUGAGCCAAAGGGAUGGGGCUGGCUGUACCCCACUGCACCGAGCGGUAGAGUAUGAGAGGUGCAAAGAGGGACAAAUCGAGAUUGUGAGGGCCUUGUUGGAGCGAGGCGAUUCGGCCCUCGACGAGAAAACAAAUGAGAACCUAUCCGUUUACCAGCACCACCUCAGUACUCGGCCGGCGGACGAGAACACCAGAAUAGCAGGCAUUGCGGGCAAAUCUCGGCUGCCUCAGCAGAACGGGGCGAAGAAGGGAGUCGCCGACAUGAUUGCUGAGGAAGUGAAGGUGUGGUAUCUCCGUUCCACAUUCGAGAAGCGCGGCGGCAGCAAGAAGCAGAGGAACCAUGACAGUGCAGUGGACUUUCUCUACGGUGAUGGCGAGACGGGACGUAUUUGCUUCAAUUUGCUCCAAAGAGACAGGCCCAUCAGAGAAAAGUCCUUAACAAAAGGUGCCUAUAGCCAGUUUGUCUUCGACACGGCACUACAGUUUGUGGCCCUCGGCCCAUUUGUCAUCAGCGACCAGAAGGCGCAAGCCGCGCCCCAGGCGGAAACCGGGCGCCGGGAUAUGGUGGCCGUCUUUGACUGGUUGAAGACCAGAAACGUGAAGCACAUCAUCAAAGUGAUCGUGGAUGACGGCAAGCUCCCCUCCCACUCCGAUGAGGCAAUUGUUGAAGCCUUGCGUCCCUUCACGAUUGACAUUCUCGAUUGGAGCAAGCCUAAUCUACGCCCCGAGACCAUCCAACAGGCUUGCGGAAACGUGCGGAAGCUCUACUUGUCGUGGAACGGCCUGGACGGCAUGUUGGUGGCCUGGGGAGGGAGGAAUGGAUUGGCCAAUCUGCCGUAUCUUACCGACGUCUACAUCCGACAGACAGGCAACCAACUGGAUUCCGAGGAAUGGGCAAACAGAAAGCUGGAUGAGUUUGUGAAGUUGCUCAGGAACUCAAGAGACUACAUCAGGGCUCAACGUCGGGUAGCAGCCCCUGAGCUGGAACUCGCCGGCUGGGCCCCAAUCAAGGUGCAUCGUCUAAGAGCGCAGAUCAUCAACAGCAGGCCGGCAACACCCGCCACAGCGGUGACGGAGAAGAACAGCCAAGAACCCAUCAGGGACCACCAGUGGUUGAAGAUCAUGGACCGUUUCGCGAAAGCCAUCUGUGGCCUCCCGCCCAACAGAUACGUCAGGGAGCUGCCGAAUCUCCCAGCUGAGCUGAAGCGGGAUAUACGCGUUUGUCUUAUCGACGAUGGGGUGGACGCGGACCAUCCAGGCAUCUCGGAGCGCAUGGAUUAUGCACACGGGAAGAGCUUUGGCACAUGUCCCGGCGGAGAGCACCCCGGCCUGGAGCUGCCCUUCUACGAGUCGGCCACACACCUCGGCACCGUGAUGGCCAGCAUGAUAACCAGGGUGUGUCCGUAUGCUAGGAUCGUUUCCUAUCGACUGGACGCAACGCAAGGACAAGAUGGUCGGCCACAAUUCACGGCGAAAAGCGCUGCCGAUGCACUAGAACACGCCGCUAAGCAGGAUUUCGAUAUCAUCUCCAUCUCAUGGUCCGUCAAAGAGCUGAUGGGAUCCGGCGCGGACAACUCAGACACCCGCCGACUAGAUGAUGCCCUGCGCGAGGUGGUCAGAGACAAGCUCGUUUUCUGUGCUUCCCCGGACGUAGGCAACAUCAGUCUCUACCAGCUGGCAACCUACCACCCAGUGGGUUCCGAAGUCGAAGAACUCUUCCGGAUCGGGGCGGCUAUGGCGGAUAACAGCCGGUGGAAGCCAUCAGGCGGCAAGCGCAUCGUCGAUUACAUUCUUCCCGGCCAUGGCGUGCGAGAGGUGAAGGGCUGCGAGGUGUUCCCGGGAAACGAGCCUCUCGAGCCCGGGUCUUGGAUUGCGACACCACUGGCGGCGGGGCUAGCCGCGCUCCUGAUUCACAUUGUGCGAAUGGCGGCCAUCCACACCUAUCUUCAGGGGAAGGAGAGAUCCAGGGAGGCGAACCGGCCCACGCUUGAAUCGCUUGAAAUCAUCAAGUCGUUCGACGCGAUGCGCAGGACAUUCGACAUGAUGGCUAACAAGGCAGGCGGUAAAUCCUACGUGCACGUAUGGGGAUAUUUCCACCAGAGCUGUCUAGAUUUUGAGGCGGCUGAUAACGCACUCGAUGGGGAAGGUGAGAAAUGGAGGAUCAUCCUGGAGCUGGCUCGCGACCUUGUUCCCCGGAGAACGUGGAGGAGACCUCUCAGGUUUUGAAGCAGAAGCGUCCCAACCUCGUAGACUGGGAGUUGGGUCUGGGA